UUUGCACCUUGUUGCAUGUGAGCUCUAUGUGGUUUGCUUGUGUAGGUUUUCAAAUUGACUGUCAGAUCUAGAAUCUUUAGUGCAAUAGCAAUACAUAAGCAGCUUAAUGCUCUUAAUGAAAGUUUUUAAUCUUUGUGGUUACAAACAUCAUGGACUAAUAACUUGAUCUAGGUCAUUCCUUGUAUUCUCAUCUCCAGAAUGCACAAAUUGCCAUGAUUAUCUUUUAUUACCUUUUAACAUAUUUUCUAGUGACCGUGCCAAAAAGAUAAUGAAUUUAAAAGCUGAGAGGUUAAAGGUUCAUCUUAUCUUUGAGAUAUAAAAUGUGAGGAAGAAAACAGGAAGUUCAACUAAAAUCAUGUCUGAGCCACAGGUAAUAGCGGUAAAGAAAAUGUGGGUUUUCCUUUUCCUUUUGUGUGUUUAUGCAUUCUGUUCUGCAGAUCAAUAUCGACAACGGGCAGAGAAAUUAAUGAAAGAAACUCCGCUAAUAGAUGGACACAAUGACCUCCCGUGGCAACUUCUUCUACGUUACCAUAACCAACUGAGCAAGGUGGAUCUGAACAAGCUGAAUGAAACCCAGACCAACAUCCCCAAGCUGAGAACCGGUCUUGUAGGAGGACAGUUUUGGUCAGCAUACACACCAUGUGACACCCAGUACAAAGAUGCUGUGAGACAAACACUGGAGCAGAUUGAUGUCAUCCACAGAAUGUGUCAGAUGUACCCAGAAACUUUCCAGUGUGUAAGUUCAACCAAAGAAAUCAAUGAAUCUUUCAAAAAUGGUAAAGUGGCCAGUUUAAUUGGUGUAGAGGGUGGACACUCGAUUGACAGCAACAUGGCUACACUACGUGUCUUCUAUCAGCUGGGCGUGAGGUACAUGACCCUCACACACAGCUGUAACACACCAUGGGCGGAUAACUGGCUGGUGGACACUGGAGAUGACCCAGUUCAGAGCAAUGGAUUGUCCACAUAUGGAAAGAAAAUCAUACACGAGAUGAACCGUUUGGGAAUGAUCAUCGAUUUAGCUCACACUUCUAUGAAGACAAUGAAUGAUGUACUACAGAUUUCAAAGGCCCCUGUCAUUUUUAGCCACUCAUCUGCCUAUGCCCUAUGUAACAGUAGACGCAACGUACCAGAUGAAAUUCUGAAGACAGUGGUAAGAAAUCCUACUAUAAAUUCAUGCUUUACUUCCUUCUUGAUCAGAUAUUAUUGA